AUGAAUUUUCCGUGUUUAUUAGGAGAGAAGGUCAUACCCUUCUCGAAACUCCAUAGUUUACGGCCUAAGUAUUGUAAUGGUGAGGAGUUUAGUUUUCUCCGCAUUAACCAAAAGAGCGAGUUUGCUAAGGUCGUGAUGUUGAAAACGCCCAGUGGAAGCUAUUCCGGCAUCACUAGCAUGUUGGAGUUCAUUAUGAGGGAGGCGGUGUCCCAAUGGCCUUGCGCGUCAAAGAAUUCUUCGAAGGAUGUUUCAAUGGAGGACGAAUUCCUGACUCUUCCCUCGCCUGAUACUUAG